AUGACGAAAAUAACAGAUGCAGCAACGAGACAGGCAGUUCAAAGUGCCUAUGACGCCGUUAGAGCAACUGUUGUGAAAAGUCAAGAAAAAGAGUUACAACAGACCAAAACAGACCUAGUAAAUGCUUUCUUAAAAACGAAAAGUCAGGUAGGACAUUACGCUGCAGAUGGAACAUAUGUGCCAGCUGGUGGAACUUAUAUACCACCAAACCCUCCAAGAGAAGCACCUGCACCAGGACUACCUAAAACAUUUACAUCGUCACAUGGACAUAGACACAGGCAUGCACCAAAACCAACACAACAACCAACAGUUCAAAACCCUGCACAACAACCACCUCCACAACCAGCACAACAACCAACAGUUCAAAACCCUGCACAACAACCAACAGUUCAAAAUCCAGCACAACCAACAGUUCAAAACCCUGCACAACAACAACCACAAACAGAGCAAGGACAUAAAAGAAGUAGAGAACAAGGAAACCAAGAAUUCUUAAAAAUGCUUAAAGAAGAGUGUGGUUUCCCAGAUACUCUUGACUUUAGUGACAGAUAUAAAGAAGCUAUUAGAAAGUUCAAGGAUGGAAAUACUGACCCGAACCUAUUUAGCUUUAUGGCUCAGCACCAAAACGGAUAUAAUCUCAAACCUGGAAAAUACAAGCUCGCUAAGGGAUAUGAUUUAAUAGCAUAUCAUCCAAAUGACAUGGAUGAAUUUACUCCGAGAUAUUUGAUGUCAGAGCUAAAUGACAAUUCAACUUUCGUCAUGAAACGCGUAAAAAAUAGAGACGGAACGAAAGAACAAAAGCUUAUGAAUGCGGAUGACGUAGAUAGGGAAAUUGUUGAAAACGGUCUCGGAAUAUAUGAAAUGCCAGCAGAUGAGGUACAAGAAACUCCACAGGAAGAACUAGUUCAGAUACAACCAGACAUGGAAGAAAUAGUUCAGCAACAACAGCUAGAAGAGCCUGAAGGAAACGAACAAGUCACUCCUUUGGAAACUAACU